UCUCAACCUCUCAGCCAUUUCAUUCGUCUCUCCCGUCUUCCUCUUUCUCCUUAUCUCCCAUCUGCAAUGAAAAUCAGAUCAUCUUCUCAGAUUUUUAGAUUAAUAAGAGUGGCUUGAGCUAUGAGCUGCAAUGGGAUGGCCUUCUUCCCUGCCAAUUUCAUGUUACAAACUCAACAUGAAGAGGAACACCACCCUCCUACCACUCUCAACUCAUUCCUUCCCUCAUGCACACCUCAAGACUUUCAUGGUGUUGCUUCCCUUUUAGGUAAGAGAUCCAUGUCCUUUUCGGGUAUUGAUGUGUGUGAAGAAGCAAAUGGGGAAGAGGACUUAUCUGAUGAUGGAUCACAGUUGGGAGAGAAGAAAAAGAGGCUUAACAUGGAACAGGUAAAGACACUUGAGAAAAACUUUGAAUUGGGAAACAAGCUUGAUCCUGAGAGGAAAAUGCAGCUCGCUAGGGCUCUUGGUCUGCAACCAAGACAGAUUGCCAUAUGGUUUCAGAACAGGAGGGCUAGGUGGAAGACUAAGCAAUUGGAGAAAGACUAUGAUCUCCUCAAAAGACAGUUUGAAGCAAUUAAAGCUGAUAAUGAAGCCCUUCAAGCCCAGAACAAGAAACUUCAAACCGAGAUAUUGGCUCUGAAAAAUAGGGAACCAACUGAAUCGAUCAAUCUCAAUAAAGAAACUGAGGGUUCUUGCAGUAUCAGGAGCGAGAACAGCUCUGAUAUCAACUUAGAAAUGUCAAGAACACCAGCAAUCGACAGUCCUCUAUCUUCUCACCAAACUAGUAGAAUCCUAUUCCCAUCAUCUAUCAGGCCAGCGACUGUAGCCCAACUCCUCCAAAACUCAUCAUCAAGGUCAGAACUCCAUUCCCAGAAGAUGGAUCAAAAUGUUCAAGACGAGAGCUUGUCCAACAUGUUCUGUGGCAUUGAUGAACAUCCCGGAUUCUGGCCAUGGCCAGAGCAACACCAUUUCCAUUGAAUCCGACCAAUUUGUCACAAUCCACA